CUAUAUUUGUGUGGCGAGACUUAUUCAAGCAAAUAUGCCAAAAUACAAGACCAAUUUAACUCCUGGCAGUGGACGCAAGCAAAGUAUACGUCAGAGAAUGAAAAAAAUUCGUGAUAGCAAAAGAACAAGGCAGUUACUUUGUGACGAAAAUGUAACUCCCAGACCGAUAAACGUGGUUACAGAAGAAAUAAACAUUUCAAGUACUAGUAGUAGUGCUACACCACCACACCAGGAUGUACGAGAAGAAGUUCCGGCUAGUAAUAGUAGUGCUACACCACCAGCUUUUAGAGAGGACGUACGAGUCAAAGUUGCGGCAAGAUGGUGUUCCAAAACAGCGAGAAAGUUUACAUACCCCCACCCUACUGCAAGGAUCUCAAGAAAAGUUACAAUUCAAAGUAACAGGUCGGCGAAUUGUGAAUGUGAAACAUUUUUUCAAUGACAUUAUAAACUUUAAACAUGUAGACAUCUUCAAUUGUAGAAAUGAGAAUUUAGAAAUAGUGAGUGAAUAUCGUCAGGGAUUUCGAAGUGUUUUUACAAUUAAGUGCACUAACUGUCUUGAAUCUAAGAAAGUGGACACUGAUCCCGAUCCUACUAUUUUAAAUGUGAAUCAAGCGAUUGUCUUAGGUGCAAUAUCCACUGGUGGUGGUUUAGCACAAAUAGAGGAACAAUUGGGGUUUUGCGAUAUGCCUGUAAUGAGUUCACAUUUGUAACAAAAAAUACAAAAUUAAUUGGCCGACAGUAUCCACGAGUUAGCUUGGGAAAUAAUAGAACAAGCUGGCGUACAAGAACGCACAAUUGCUAUCGAAAAGGGACACAUAGAUUCCAUUCCAUACAUCAUCGUUAUAAUUGAUGGAGCCUGGAGCAAACGCUCUUAUAAAGUAAACUAUGAUGCAGCAUCAGGAGUGGGAGUAAUCAUUGGUCAAGAAACCAAAAAGGUAUUAUUCCUAGGAAUACGCAACAAAUAUUGUUGCUUGUGUGCAAGAGCCGAAAACAAGGAAGAACAAGCAAUUGCACACACGUGUUUUAAAAACUGGUCUGGUCCAUCAACAGGCAUGGAAUCUAACAUCAUAGUUGAAGGUUUCAAACAGAGCAUCGAGAUGCAUGGUGUUAAAUAUUUAUAUCUUGUUGGUGAUGGGGAUAGUAGCGUGACAAAAAAACUGGCCGAUGCACGUCCCUAUGAUACACCAGUAUCAAAAAUCGAAUGCCGCAAUCACUUGUUGCCAAAUUAUUGUACACGGUUGCGCGCACUAACCCAGAAGAAAACAAGUUCCAAAAAUCUGCCUGUCAAUGUUAAACAAAGGAAUAUUUUGAUGAACAGUAUAAAACGUUUACGCAGUGGGAUUAUUGGAGCGAUCAAUUAUAUUACCACUGAAAAAAGCGAAGAGUGCCAUGCUGAGAAAGUCCGAUUAUUGAAAAAAGACAUUUACAACGGACCCUACCACGUUUUUGGAAACCACGAAAAAUGUGAAACAUAUUUCUGUUCUAAAAUGACAAACAUUGACCAAGAUGAACAGAAAAAAGGAUAUGAUUGGGUAACUGAAAUGAAAGCUUCCGGACUGUUCCAGGAUAUUUUGUAUGUCGCAGAACGUGUUACGCGAAAUGCCGAAAGUUUGAUUUUAAAUAUGGACAACAAUGCUGCAGAAUGUUAUAAUUCUGUUGUAGCAAAGUUUAUUGGCGGGAAAAGAAUCAAUUAUACGGCGCGACGCUCCUAUGCAACAAGAUGUGAAGCGGCUGCCAUAUCCUGCAACGUACCUGCUGGCGAAUUUCCGCGCUAUAUCCAUAAAAAAGUGACCCAUGCGAGCCCUGGAAAGUAUACCAAAAAGAUCAUUGCAAGACGUGCACAAAACAUUGCAUGGAAAAAAAGUAGGCGAACAUUGUUUUUUGGCACAAUAAAACAAAAGAGAAAA